GCCGGGGCCCGCGACGCCGAAGCGCCCGGGGCGGGGAAGGCGGGGGACGACGACGGCGGCCCAAGCCGCCACCCCGGACGCAAGAUGAGCUUCCUCUUUGGCAGCCGGUCUUCUAAAACGUUCAAACCCAAGAAGAACAUCCCCGAAGGGUCGCAUCAGUACGAGCUCCUGAAGCAUGCGGAGGCAACCUUGGGCAGCGGAAAUCUAAGACAAGCCGUCAUGUUGCCCGAAGGGGAAGAUCUCAACGAGUGGAUCGCAGUCAACACUGUCGAUUUCUUCAAUCAGAUCAACAUGUUAUACGGGACCAUCACUGAAUUCUGCACGGAAUCAAGUUGCGCAGUGAUGUCCGCAGGACCGAGAUAUGAAUACCACUGGGCAGACGGGACCAAUAUAAAGAAACCGAUCAAGUGCUCCGCUCCAAAAUACAUCGACUAUUUGAUGACCUGGGUACAGGACCAGUUGGACGACGAGACCCUCUUCCCUUCCAAGAUCGGGGUCCCGUUCCCUAAGAACUUCAUGUCGGUGGCCAAGACGAUCCUGAAGCGUCUGUUUAGGGUUUACGCCCACAUCUACCACCAGCAUUUUGACUCCGUGAUUCAGCUGCAAGAAGAGGCCCACCUCAACACCUCCUUCAAGCACUUUAUCUUCUUCGUUCAGGAGUUCAACCUGAUCGACAGGCGUGAGUUGGCACCCCUUCAGGAACUCAUCGAGAAGCUCGGCUCCAAAGACAGAUAAAAGCCACUGCGGGAGGGCCCCGCCGUCCGCUUUGAGAUCCCCGUUCCGCAUUUAUCCGCUUCAUCUGCCACUGCAGCCCUUUCAUUGCCGUUUAGCGAUCGGUUAGUGACAGCGACGACGUAGGGCGAAUCGUAAAGCCCCCCUCCACCCUCCGGCGGGGGCGGCGGUUUAGGGCGAGAGGCCCCGGAGAGAAUUGGCACUGCCCUGGUGCUGCGGGUCCCGAGGUCCUAUUUUUGGCCCCACCCGUUGCUCGCGGGGCCGAAAUUCUUCGGUCGUGAUCCCGCUUUCUUGUAAAAUAGCCUUACGACUCGGUCUCUUUUCCAGCUUCUGCAGCUGAGAAGGAAGUCUCCCCUUCUGGGUCAGGAGGGAGAAGUCAUUGACGUUCGGAAUGUCUUCCUAGCGAUAGUUCGCCAAAAUGGUUAAUCUCCCGAUGAGAUUUUUCUUUCUUUUCGAGACGUUUUCAUAAAGCCCUCUGCUAAAUUUCCAUAGCAAGUUUUUAGAGACUUUUUUUUUUUUUACAUGGGAUGAAGCUCUUGCUCUUUCGAAGCUUGACGUGUCAGUAUUUUGUUUUUUAAACUAGACGGUCACUUUUUUUUCUUCUUUCUACACGUGCUGGCCUGUUUCCAAUGGACAUCGACACCUGUGGCUUUUUUUUUUUUAAUAUAUAGAAUCAGGUCAUAGAGCGAUCAAGAGUUGAUGCGGGAAACAGCCAAAUGAAUUUUUAAAAUUACUUUUUAAGUCGGCGAUGCUUUCGGGGAGUGUUGUGACUACGUAUAUAAUCUGCCCAAGGGUCUGGGUGGUUUUGGGGCCCGGGGGACACGGUCUGGUUUGUCUCGUUUUGGGGAAGCCGCCCUUCUGGUUGGCUUCAAUCCAGAUUCCUCUUCUCUCCAGGGAAUUUGCGGGGAGAGCUUUCUAGGAAAAAUGCAAGAUGGUAUUAUAAAGCCUGCUCUUCCUGACGUUCAAAGUCUUUUAAAAUGCUCUGUGUGGGAAAAACUACUUUGGGGGGGGGGUCUUUUUUAAAAAAAUAAAUGCUUGAAUGAUUUU